GUAUGUUUACGGAACUGCUUCGUCUUCGUGACGGGAGGAAAUAGCGAAGCGGGAUUAAAACGAAUCUUAAACUCAGUAAGUUGACUUUCUGGAUGUGGCUCCCAUGGUGGUAGUACAUCGGAUCCUCAUGCUUUAGAUCAACAGUUGGGAAAGACACCGAUUUAAUGACUGCUUCCUUUGCGUCCCAACUACCACACGACGACAAACACCUUCAGAGAAGUGACGAUGAAUUCGAUGAGGUCCUUUCUUUAUCUAAUAUUAUUGUCCAGAGGUAUGAAGGAGAGAAGUAUUUAGAGCAGUUCCAUGGUGAAGGCGUGGCACAUUUUCAUGGAGGACAUGUAUAUAAGGGUAUGUUUUCCAAAGGAUUCAUGCAAGGACAUGGUGUGUAUACUUGGGCAGGUGGUGUAAAAUAUGAGGGGGAGUUUGCAUUUAAUAUGCCCAUGGGCCAUGGGAUAUAUACCUGGCAGGAUGGAAGCUGUUAUGAGGGAGAGGUGUUUAAUGGACUCCGCCAUGGUGUGGGGACAUUCACGUGUGCCAAUGCUUUAGUAAAAUACAGAGGGCAGUGGCAUCACUGCAGAAGACAUGGAAAGGGGACAGUUUACUAUAACCAGGAGGAGACAUCCUGGUAUGAAGGAGACUGGGUGAACAGUAAAAGAGAAGGAUGGGGGGUACGAUGUUACCCAUCUGGAAAUGUGUAUGAGGGCCACUGGAGGAACAAUAUGAAACAAGGUCAAGGCAGGAUGUGCUGGCACCAGCUGGGUCAACAGUACACAGGGACAUGGGAGAAUGGGGUCCAGCACGGACAGGGGACCCACACAUGGUUCCUGAAGAGAGUGCCUGGCUCUCAGUAUCCCCUGAGGAAUGAGUACGCUGGGAACUUUGUCCAAGGGCUGAGGCAUGGCAAGGGCAGCUUCUUUUAUGCCAGCGGGGCUGUUUACAAAGGCGAGUGGAGGAGCAACAAAAAACAUGGACAGGGGAAGUUUGUUUUCAAAAGUGGGCAUAUAUUUGAAGGAGAAUUUAUCAAUGACCACAUGGUAAAGUUUCCGGCCUUCUGCCUGGAUCGUUCAAACACUCCUGAUCUGAGUGGAAUAAGAACACACACUCCGGGUCCUGAGGAUGGAGAAUCUACUAGAAGAGCAUUAGGAGAACACACCAUCUGUAGGCCAGCCCUGCUUGGGCCUGAUAUGGCUCGGGACAUCUCUGCUUUGCUGGAGAACCUCCCAGAGAACCAGAGAGAACAGAAGUUCAAAGAGGUGGAGUUUGUGGUGCUGAGGCACAUAGCUGAGCUGAGGACCAUCUAUAGCUUCUACAGUAGCCUGGGCCGUGAUCAGUCGGCAGACAACACUUUCCUGCUCUCCCGUCUGCAGCUCUGGAGACUCCUCAAAGACUGCAGCAUCCACAAGCAAGGCAUCACCCUAGCCCAGAUUGACCGCUACAUCUCUGCAGAUGAUGCCCCUUCAGAGAUCCAUUCUCCCUUCAGCACCAUGCUGUUCAGAAAGUUCAUCAGCUGUGUCGUCAUCCUGGCCUACAAGAUCUAUCAUAAGGACAUAGAGCCCUCUGAUAACAUACUCGUGUCCUGUUUCUCCAAGCUGAUGAGAGAGAAUAUCAUUCCUAAUGCAAAGAACGUAAAAGGGCGAUUGUUUCCCAACCCUCUGCAUGCCGUGAUUGCUGUCAACUACAUUGAAAGGUGCUGGGACAUCUACAAGGCUUUCUGCAGAGUCAAUCCAGCUCCAUUUGGAGAUCAAACACUGACCGUCAGGCACUUCAUAUGGAUGUUCAAGGACCUGGGACUGUUUGAUUCUAAGAUGACUACAGGAAAACUUGUGCAAAUCCUCUCUGUGGAGAACCCGGCUGUUUAUGACCACUCCCACUACAACCUGGAUCUAGAGAUGACACUCCUGGAGUUCUUUGAGGCACUGCUGGGAUGUGCAGAUGUCUGGGAUCUGAGCGAUGUGCAGAGCUCUAAUGACCAGGUGGAGAACUGCCCUUUAACUGACACCAGAGACAACCCACUACAGAGGUCCUCACAAAACACCUUGUCUUUGAGUGGACCUGCUGUGAAGCCACCCAACCCCAACAUCUCUCCUGACGUUGGGAGCUCAAUUGAGUCCAUUGAGUUGAGAAAGUCUAAGGAUGUUCUCCAGCUGUCUACACUUGAGGUGGAACCUAAGAGGCCUACAGCAGUAGGUGAUCUUAAAUCACAGACCGAGGAAUCAGGUGGUGAAUCAGCAACAUACUCAUCUGCCAAUGAGACGACAGAAGGAACAACCAUGGUGAGCUUAUCAUCGGCAGUAGAGCCUAAGGAGUCAAACCACCCUACCAGUGACCAUCCUCUGAGCCCAGAGGCUGUUGAGAACAGGAGUGGUGUUGGAGGGAAAAGGUCCGGCCCAGCCGAGACAGAAUUGGACUGCUGGAUCCAGAGGACCCACCAUUUCUUCUCCCAGAGGUUCUUCCCAGCAUACGAGUACAGCCUGGCCCUGAGGAAGGAGGUUCUGGAUGACAAGCUCAAGCAGGCGGCAAUUGCCCGCAUCGCUUUAGCAAAAGCAAAAGAUGUCGCUAGGUUGAGGGAGCAGUGGGAGGCAGAAGAGGAAGAAAAGAGGGAGGACGAGGAGGCUGAACAGGGUGAAGGGCAAGAGGAUGAUUUUAACCCCUCUCCAGCAGCCCAGACACCUGCUGCCUCCACCACCUCAGUUGUCAUGACCAAACAGCCUGGCAAAGUGGCCAAGAAGAAAUGAACUCCCAGCUCAUCAAGGAGUCUGGGCUACAGAGUUGGGUGCGCUGCUGUGUCAGGUUAAACCUAGUCCUUGAUUAAAUACAUACAAUUUACCAGAGAUAACCAAUUCAGAUUUUCCUCACCUAUUUAUUAUUUACCACCUUAGCUUUAAACAUUCUGACGGUCUUAGCUGAAUCUAAUUAGUGAUCAAAAGGUGGAAUCAUAGGUUGUGUUUAGAUGACACUGGUGAUGUAACGCACCUAAUUCUGUCAUUAAAAUAAUGCUAGUAUAAUCUAGUUGUGGAAUUCCAGAUUCAGAUGCUUUAGGAAAAGUACCCAAGUAGAGAAAUCUACAUUUAUUAUUUACAAACAGUUGAUUAUGAACUAAACCUGAAUACCCUGGAACUAUAUGAAAAGUGGUUAGUUUUAAGAACAUGUUGACUUUCUGGUAUUUAAAUAAAAACAUACUGGUA